AUGGUUGCCGACAAGGAAAUCGACCAACGUAUCUUUGUAAAGGGUUUUCCACGCGAAACCACUGAAAACGAACUAAAAACAUUCUUUGAAACGUACGGAACGGUGAAGCAUGUGAAUAUCGUGAAAGACCAUAAAAGUGGCCUGGCAAAAUACGGAUUUGUCACCUUCGAAUCCAAAGAUGUGCAGGAGACUUUGUGUCAGGAAAAGUCCAUCAAAUUUCAGGACAAAACCCUGUGCAUUUGGAAGGCGUUUCGAAGACAGGGUUCCCCUGAAAAGAAUGGCGACGGUGCGGCUCACGGGUUUAGGCGAUACUUCCCAGCAAGGCAGUCGUCCUUGGAUUACUCAUCUUCCACAGCGCCAAUGGCCUAUUACGUCUGGCCCUUUUACAACCAAAACUCCAUCUAUGUUCCAGCCGUUCAAGCAUCUACCGUUGCCCAGAUAUCCUCACCGAGUUACCAAGCUAGUUAUAUUCCGAGCAACCCUCAAGUUUUCACGACACUGAUGCCUGGAAGCCCAAGUACAUCGACCUUUGUUCAAAGUUUGAAUUCUGCUGAGCAGUUCUUGCUUCCAAUGCCGCGAACAAACUACGUUGAAGGUUACACAGACUACCAGACCAUCCCCUCCAUCAUAACCCUGCCCAUGACACAUGGCAACGACUGGCCAUCCACCGAAAGCGGAAUGAGUAUUUUUGCAAAAGAGGUGAGACUUGUUUACUUGCUUUUGUUUUUUAAUACAAAUUUUUCUGUUGCAAAACUCGUUCGUUUUGCUGCACCUUUUUAAACAGACAAAAGAUAGUUUACACAGCAGUUUUUAAAGAGGUGUUUUUCUUUUUAUAGUUAACAUUUAGCGGUUGAAAACUAAUUUAUACGACUUACAAAUGUGUGGUAAUUUUUUACAAUCAACAAUGGCUUCUUAUCGAAAAGGCAUCACAGCAACACUGACAUUUUUCCACUUUUCAGGCUUCAUACCCAACGAUACAAAACACUAUGUCUAUGUUUUCCCGCCUACCUAGUGCUGAAUUAUCUAUCGUCAGUUUUCGUGAAAAAAAUCACAAAAACUCGCGAAAAUGUCAGGUCCCUUUGGGAGUUGAAAAUGUUUUUAUACUUCCGCGGGCAAAGGGCAUUCGCUCAUUUUGCUGACCUUGGCUACUUUUAAAAAGUUCUUGAAUUUUACGAACAUACUAUAGAUGCUAAUUUUUCAGUGCAACUGACUGAUUGUCGCCGGGAAAAUAUCCUAAAAACAGUUCUAGUACAUUUUUUUGCGUUUUGGGGGACGUAAAAGUGUUGUUAUUGACAAAAGUGAAGUCUUUUUGAGAAUAACCUUGAACUUCGAAAAGUAUGAAGCCAUUUUAUAAUUUAUUCUCAGUCAAAAUGGCGACAUAUUGGCACCAAGCUCGCUCGAUGUAUUUUCGUAUGGAAAACACUCCUUAAUGGCUUAAAGUACUACUGUGGCCUCUUAAUGGCUUAAAGUACUACUGAUGUAUGCUUCGCUGAAGCAUUUUGGCGUUUUAAGAUUUAAAUUUUGUGCGAAAAAAGACGCUUUAAAAAGUGUAGGGUUUUUACCCGGUCGGGAAAGGUGACCCCUUGUUUACUUGCUGUAUACAAUGUUUGUGAUUGGGCUCAAGAUCAAAGAGAAACACGUGCACGAAACAUGGGAAUAUAACGUUCAUGUGCGCUUGCCAUGCUAAAACGGGCAAACCAUAAAUAUCUUGUAUACACUAGAUAGUGCAUCUAAUUUUUCUGCAAUUCAAAAAUUGAAGCCGUGAUUGCAGACACAGGAUAUUCCCAUGAAAUGAGAAGACUCGUAUAUUUUCUAUUUCUUAAACAGGGAACUUAUUAAACAUUAAGUUAAACCUACUCCAAAUACAUUUUCAAACUAUUCAAAUGAUGAAAGUUCUUGUUGUUUUUUAAGCGUUUAUUAGCGAGUGGGAAACUCCAAUAUGGCGGUCAUCUAUUCAAAUGGGGGUACCGCUGGAAUAUUCUUGGCUUCAAUUUUACUGAAAGACUAGAGAUGCGCUAUCUAGUGUAUAUAAGAUAUCUAUGGGGCAAACAUGGAAACGAUUUACUUCCCUUGAAAUGUAAGGCUUCUACAAUCUGAACAUAACAAACUUUAAAUUAACCAAUUUGCUUUUUUCAGAGCAUGCUUCAGAGUCCAAAGACCAAAGGAAAGAAAUCAUUUCAGUCUUAUGGUGGCAAAGACGAAGAGGAAAAUAGCGAUGUGGCAAGUGAAGGCUCUCAUAUCCCAGUAGCUGCCGUACUUCCUACCGGCAAGGAAAUUCUUAGCCCAUAA